CCUUGCUUAUUAGCCACCACCACCGCCACUACCCAAAUGCCCCUCCUCCCAGACACCACUGACAAUCUACUGUUCAGCUGCCUCGAACCCCACGACAUCAUUCAUUACUCUCGAACAUGUCGUGAAGCCUGUCGGCGAGUCGAUGGCUAUUGGCGACGCGCACUUAACAUUGAAAACCUCCUUUCUCCGUAUUUCACUCCAAUUGAAACUUCUCAGUCGCAAGAGGUAUCCAGACUCGGACCUGGAUUUAUAUGUCGAACAUCGAUACGGCUCUUGUCUUGGAUCCUUUCUCGAGGAAAUUGGAUACAAUUUCAAACCCACUCAAGGUCAACCCAAACGCCUAGCGGCAGCGAUCAAUAAAGCAGAUGGUAUGGAGACUAAAGCCCUUUAUGACGAUGAGCUGGCAGGGAAUGGAUUUGGCGGAGUAUUUAACAUGGCGAGAGGCGGUCGAACUAUUCAGGUUAUCACGGCCGCUGAAUCUCCAUUGGACAUAAUUCUCAAUUUUCACUCGACUGUGGUGAUGAAUGUCAUCUCUUAUUCACAUGUGUAUUCACUCUAUCCACGAGCAACGUUCCAGGAGUCACUUUCUCUCAUAACUUAUUGCAACGAUGGCUCUGAACGAGAAGUCGCCCGCCAGAAAUACGUUGAUCGUGGUUGGAAAAUGCUCAAUUUUGAUGGCAGCGAAUGGAACUUCGAUAGGUCUAUGGAAAUUGCGAGUUACAGCUCUUCUUCAUACCAGGGACUCACGGAAGAAUACAUUGACGCCUUUCAAGUCAACAGCUUGCGUCACCUGGGCGAUUCCUAUUGUUGGUCUUUCAAACUUCCCAUCCCAGACUAUCCAACAGAGAACAACUGCUCUACUACUCAAGGCUACAGGUGGCUCAUGUCGCGAAGAUAUGACCUACCAACACCGCUUGUUAUGGAGGAGUUGCUUACCGGAAAACAGGCUUUGGAGAGCAAUACUUGGGUACUCUCCCUUCAGGACUAUGACGAAGAGGCGGAUGACGACCGCAGGAUAUUGAGCAACAGCAUUCAAACUCGCCGCGUUGCUCGGGAUCGCUAUCGGCCUGAUCCGAUUUAUCGAAUGCUGUACGAUGUUCUGAGCAACUCACAGCUGAGGUUUACCUACUGUGUUGGCCUGGAAUCGGAGGAUUAUGCGACUCAUGAGCUCAUCGAGAGAGUUCGUGCAAGUGAGGUUGUUCGUCGAGGCGGCAGAAGGACUGAGGGAGGAUAUGGAUUCUCCCCACCGCUUGACUUUCGGGCAAAGAGUAUCGAUUUGUUGCUUUAUGAUGUCGUCGAUGAACAUCUCAACCUUGAGGAUAAAUACUUGGAUGAGGCAACCGAUACAGAAUCUGAGGGAGAUUCAGAAUCGACUGUCAGUGACGGAGAUUCUGAAGGGUCAAUGGAUUUGUUUUGACCAUGUUCACUUUGGCGAUCCUUGUUUUAUGUGUAUUCUUCUCCCCCUUCAAUUACGAAUAUACCCUUCCACAGGUUUCUGCGAUCUACUUGAAUUAUCCG